GAGAACUUGAACUUCAAGUUGAGGACGGCGGCUGGAAAGUGUUUCACGUAGUACCGAGUAAUCAACGAGACUUUUCAAUCAGAGAACCCACCCUUUCAUCCUCCAUACCUAAUCGCCAAUUACCUUAUCUACUCUCACUACAACACUGACACUUGGACAAUCCAACAAGCCUCCUGCUUAUUGCUACAACCAAAUCAGAACAACCACGGAAAACAGCCAACAAACAAUCAUGUCAGACGCCGCUCCAGCUCUCCUCAUCAUCCUCAUCACCAUCCUUGUCCCGCCCAUUGGUGUAUAUCUCGUUUCCGGCUGCGGCGCCGACCUCCUGAUCAACAUCUGCCUCACUCUCCUGGGUUACUUUCCCGGACACAUUCAUGCCUUCUACGUCGAAUACGUCUACUUUGACCGUCGCGAUCGUGCGAGACAUGGCCAGCUCACGGGUCGCCCUGCGCCGGGGGUCUACUCGGACAGAGUGCAGAAUGGUGGAUUCCAGGCUUAUGGGACGAUGUAAUCGAGCAUCCUUCAGGGUUGAAUAGCCUCUUGAGAUAAAGUGUGAUCACGAGGCAAGCCACAAUUACCGAUGGCUGUGGUGGAAGAAAGACGAAAAGGACAGAAAAUGGGCGUCAGCGCACAAUUUCAACCGCUGAAUGCCAUUGAACUGGACUUGGACAUUGAAUCAGGCCUGGGGAUGCCAGAUGGUGGCCUGGGCUUGCAUGGGCUCCAGUGCACUCAUGCUUUUGACUACUGCUGCUCAGGAUUGAGACUGAAGCGGCGCCCUUGUACAAUUUAUUAAGUGCUAUCAGGCUAUCUUUACGGGUUUCCAGCCUUUAGUAAAUCUUAUAAGGAAAUACUAAUCUAAACCGCGAAACAUCGGGAAAAUUGGGAACA